AUGAGACUCACUCCAUCUCAUACCUCAGCAGAGACAUCACGCUCCCAGCCAAAAUCUAUAUCGUUCUUAUCUCCGCGGAUUGGCAACAUUGUUCCGUUUUUGCACAGCCCCACCCACCCGCAUCAAUCGCUGAUCAUUUGCAUAAGCAUCGGCCAGGGUUACUUAAGAUACAUGCACUUACUUCUACACGGAUCUUUGUGUGGUCAGUUUGGUUGAGCGUCAUCGUCGCCGUCGUUCGUUUGUGGUAGUGUUCGCGGACUGGAUUUGCAGUUAGUUCGGAGGAAGGAACUAGACUAAAAAAUAGUGAGCUCGCUGGUUACUCGGUGUUGGCAAAUAGAAAAGUGAACUUGCUGAAUUGUCCAGCUAGCAGAAAAGUGAGGAGGAAGGAAGCAAGGAAAAUUCGUUAUCGUCAACAACACUACUUUUCCAUAUAUUACUUAGAUACGCUCACUCGUGGUUGUGUGGCAGACUGGGGAAUUUGCACCCAAAUUAAGAUAUCGUGUGACAAUGGUGUCAGUGACGAGUUCUGAAUUAGUUAUUCGUCAGUAAUGAAUAAGAGCGCCUCAGUGUCGUGCCUGGCCCCUCCGUCGUCGCAUCACCUCAACCACCUCAACGCCUUGAACCAUCUCAACCACCCCCACGCACACCACGCCCAUCAGAGAGUGAACCUCCCCCCGGGUCAGGCCCCAUUCCACCCCCACCAUCACCAUCACCACCAUCAGCCUCCACCCCCCACAAUGCUCCCCUUCGACACUUUGGGGCUCUAUGAGCCACAGCCCAAGCCCAGAUUCUUCUUCAAAAUGCCCCGAGUCGUCCCAGACCAGAAGAAUAAGUUCGAGUCAGAUGAGCUCUUCAGAAGGCUGGGUCGCGAAAGUGAGGUGCGCUACACGGGUUACAGAGAUCGACCUUCGGAGGAGAGACAAAUGCGCUAUCAGAACGGGUGCAGAGAAGGACACACUGAAAUCGCAUUUAUCGCAACGGGUACAAAUCUACAAUUAGUCUUCAAUCCCAUGUCGAACGGCUACCCUCCGGAGAUGAGGGAAUGCGACUUUGACAAAGAGCACGGAAAGGUUCACCUCAAGUCUCACUUUAUCAUGAAUGGAGUUUGCGUCCGAUGGAAAGGUUGGAUCGACUUGGACCGUUUGGACGGAGUUGGCUGCCUCGAGUAUGACGAAGACACGGCUCAGAUCGAGGACACCAUCCUCCGUGAGCAGAUCGAACGAUACAAUCAGCGACUGAGGGAUUUCGAGGAGAAGCAACGGUCAUAUUGCGGUCAACAGGAGCGAGGAGUCGACGUGGAAUUAGAAAGUCGUAAAAAGACGGAGGUUGGACAUGCCCACUGAGGAGGAAGCAGAUUCAGUAUUCCACGCCAAAGUCAACUCGACGAUAUGUUUUGGACAUCUUUUGCACUUACUCAAGGCGUUCGUCGUAAUGCGGCUCGACUCCACAGUUUAUUUUACAAUUUAUAGUUAAGUCGUACAUAAGUGUAGCAUGAGAAGUUCGUAUAAUCUCGCGGAAUUGUGAGACAUCAGUACAGUCCAGUAUUCAAACUGUUUAUAACCUAAAUAUUUCGAUUACAUGAUAAGUAAAGUAGUGACAUUUGUAGCUCGCAUAAUUAUUUUAUAUUUCAAUCAAUUUGUUCUUAUUCCUAUUAUUAACGAGGUUUGUCCAAUUAGUUCAUUUGCCUAAUUAGUAGAACAUUGAUGGUAGAAAUACUACGUACAUAAAUGUAAGUCAGAAAAGUAUGGAGCAGCAUCAGUGUAGUAUUUAGUUGUAGCAAUGGAUCCUUACAUGUCCAACUUAUAUAUGUGCUAAUAUUCAGAUAGGUUUUUGAUGAACCAGCCUCACCACACAUACACACACACAGGAAUAUUAUUGUUCUUUAUGCCAAUUACUUUAUCGUUAUGAAAUAAAUAAAUUCCACGUGGAGAAAUAA